AUGGCGUCGCCUCGCGGCGUCGCGCGGGUAAGGCAUCGCCUCGCGGCGUUCGCGCGGGAAAAAAGGGCGUGGCCCGAUGCGCGCGCGCCUGUACCCCCCGUGCGGGCACGCCCCAUCCCUGCAGCACGCCAAUUGAAAGAGAGGAGGAAAGAGAGGAGAGAGGGGGAAGAGAAGAGGGCAGCACCUGGAGUCCGUCCGCCGGCAGCCCGGCACCUGGAGUCCGCCUGCUGCCUGGAAUCCGCCGAGGAGGAAGUCCUCCUCUGCUCUGCUCCUCUGCGCCUCCUCUGCUCUGCUGUCUGCUCCUUUGCGACGCCCUCAGCCCCUCAGUUGAUAUUGUUGAUCUUUGCAUGCAGUACCAGCCAACAGGAAAGAAUGGCUAGUCUGCCUUCUAUCAGCAAUGGCAACUAUGACCCAAAGACUGAUAAAGCAAGGAAGGCCAAGUCAAAUGAUCCAGGCUGGAAGUAUGGUUAUUGGGCAAACCUUCAAAACCGAGAUCAGGUGACAUGUACCCUUUGUGACGUUGAGGUUUGUGGAGGGAUAAAAAGGUUGAAGCAACAUCUGGCAGGUGGCUAUGGAGAUGUCAAAAUGUGUCUGAAGACGACUACUGCUAUUAGAAAGGAGAUGAGAGAUUAUCUGGAAUCCAACAGGAGGAGAAGGCCAUUGUUCUUAGAAGAGGGUGAUGAACAGCAAGAGGAAGCAGAUGUGGUGGUGCUGGAAGCAGGCGCAGCUGAAUUGACUGAAGUUGGAGAAAGUGCACCUGAAGGAUCCCAAACCUCCAGGGUGCAGCCAAGUUCAGGGACUGCAGCCAAACAAAGGCGUCCAGCCUAUUUGUUCAAGGCUCCUGCAGCAAAGAAGACCAAGGAAGUGCCAAAGGGGAAUAAGUCAAUUAUUCAAAUGCUUCGCCCAACACCUGAAGAAAUAGUUGAUCAAAGGCGUCAAGGCUGUUCUCAACCCACAAUUCCAGCUAAGACUAAGUCCAAAGAGGAGAAGCAUUACGUGGAUAUGCAGUAUUGCAGUGGGCAUUGUGGUUUUAUGAAUAUUGCAAUUGAGGCAACAGCACAGUUUGGUUCUGGGUAUGUGCCACCUUCUCCCCACCUGCUUGGAGAACCAUUGCUUAAUGAUGCUAUGAAAUUGACUAGCAAUGGACCUUCAGGGCUGGUUGAAGAAGACUCAGGUUCAGCCAAUGAAGAAGAGGAAGAUGACCAUGAUUCACAUGAUGAUGCUGAUGUGAGCGAUUGUGAGGAUGCUCCAAGUGGCACCAAUGGUGAUGGAGAGAACAUGGAUGCUACAAAUGUCCAUGAUGAGUUUGAUGAUGGCUUGCUGCUUGGGAAAAGAAAAGAGACUUCAGAUCAUCAAAAGGGAAUGCAUGCUACUUGGAACAAGCCAACAAGGGCAACUGGAAAGAGGAGGAUCAAUGGUACAUGUGCUCCAGAAUUGGCAGCAAAAAGGUUAGGCUAUGUGUAUGGCGUCGCCUACUUGAGCCCUUAUUCGCCUUUGGCGUCUCUCAAAGGGGUGGAGUGCGCAGCAGCGUACUCUUACCGCCCGUAA